AUGGAACUACGGCGGAAAUACAUGCAGGCCUCCUUGCAAAGGAACGGUCCAACUGCCGAUCGGUACCUGAAACUCGCUCAAGUCGGAUGCAUACAGGAGUUGCAGCCCCGGAUGGACGAUAAGCACUACACAACGCAGACGUCUCCUCAUGGCAAGUCUCUCCUCAAUCAUCCAAUUCAUCCACCCGGACCAAUUGAAGACCCAUUCGAGGUGAAGCAUUGGCCCAAGGCGCUGCCAGCUGAGGUGUACUUCGAGCAAGGCAUCGCGCACUUCAGUGGCGUAAGCUGUGCCCCCAGCGGCGACGCCGCGACUUCGGAAGCGAACGCUGGCGUCGCAGACCUCCCGCAAUUUCCCACCUUCACCCUCGAAGCCUUCGUUCGCGACGAGAAGCAGAUGCGCGCGUUUGUGGCGAGCGGUCCGCUCAAAUCCUUCGCCUACCGACGCCUCUGCUACCUCAGCUCCAAGUUCGCAUUGCACGUGCUCCUGAACGAGGGCGCGGAGUCGUUGGAACAGAGGAAUGUUCCACACCGCGACUUCUACAACAUCCGAAAAGUUGAUACCCACGUGCAUGCGGCGUCGUGUAUGAAUCAGAAGCACCUCCUGCGUUUCAUUAAGAAAUGCCUUCGCACACGAGAGGACGAGUUGGUUUGCCUGGACAAGACAACCAACCAGCCAAUCACGUUGAAGCAGUUGGUUGAUCAACUAGGAAUCACUGCUUACGAAAUGAACAUCGACAAUCUUGAUGUUCACGCGGAUCGCAAUACAUUCCAUCGAUUCGACAAGUUCAACGCCAAGUACAACCCGAUUGGUCAGAGUCAGUUGAGGGAGGUCUUCCUGAAAACCGACAACUACUGCAAAGGCGAAUUCUUCGCCCACGUCAUCAAGGAGGUCUUCUCUGACCUUGAGGAGUCGAAGUACCAGAAUGCCGAGCCGCGUCUAUCGAUUUACGGCAGAUCGAAGCAGGAGUGGGACGACCUUGCAACUUGGGCCGCCAAUUUCCGAGUCUACUCUCCAAACAUUCGCUGGGUCAUCCAGGUUCCACGUCUCUACGACGUCUACAAGUCGAAAGGCGCUGUCAGCAACUUCCAGGACAUGAUCAUCAACAUAUUCCAGCCGCUGUUUGAGGUGACGCUUGACCCCAGAUCGCAUCCACAGUUGCACGCCUUCCUGGAACACGUGAGCGCCUUCGACUCCGUCGACGACGAGUCCAAGGUGGGCGUCGUCCAUUUCGAUCAUGGCAUUCCAACACCCGAUCUUUGGGACCGUCCGGAAAACCCGCCCUACGCCUAUUACAUCUUCUAUAUGUAUGCUAAUCUCGCUGUGCUCAAUCAAUUGAGGCGACACCGAGGAAUGCACACAUUCGCAUUCCGACCGCACUGUGGAGAGGCUGGAAGCGUGAGCCAUUUGAUUUCCACCUUCCUCCUGGCUGAAUCCAUCAACCACGGUCUGCUUUUGAGGAAGGCGCCCGUUCUUCAGUACCUCUUCUACCUGUGUCAGAUCGGGUUGGCAAUGUCUCCGCUGAGCAACAAUUCUCUCUUUCUGGAGUAUCCUCGCAACCCCCUAAAUGAUUUCCUCGCCCGCGGUCUCCACGUCUGCCUCUCCACCGAUGAUCCCCUCCAGUUUCAUUUCACUAAGGAGCCCCUCAUGGAGGAGUACAGCAUCGCCACCCAGGUCUGGAAGCUCAGUUCCACGGACAUGUGCGAGUUGGCGCGCAACUCGGUUCUCAUCAGUGGAUUUCCCGAAGUGGUGAAAUCUUACUGGCUUGGUCCGAACUACUGGGAGGAGGGUGUGCCCGGCAACGACAUCACGCGCACCAAUCUGCCCAACAUUCGCGUAGCCUAUCGCCACGAGACCUUGACUCAUGAACUCCAUCUAUUGGUUACCGCUGCCCUUGACGCACACGGCUCCUACCCUUACAACAUGAUCUGCGGUUCUCCGAUCCACAUCAAAACGCCGCAUUACAUCCACUCACACCACAUGGAAAUGAAUCGUUUGGGCGGUGAAGACGACGCUGAUUAG